AUGCACGCCCUCGAAAACACCCCCGACGGCUCCCUCGACCCCGACGAGGUCCGGAGCGCGAUCAAUCACGACAGCCGCGAUUGGCCGAAGACCGGCAUGGUCUCGCUCGAGAACACGCAGAACCUGCUCGGCGGCCUCGUCCUCGAUAGGGACGACAUCGAGCGGGUGGCCGACGUGGCGCACGAGCACGACCUGCCCUUCCACAUCGACGGCGCGCGCUUGUUCAAUGCGGCGGUCAGCCUGAUGUUCCCGUGA